AUGAACUUUUACUAAAAUUCUUAUAUGAAUGCUGGAUAUGCUUAGGGAUAUGAUAGCGCUAGUAUGAAAGGUUAGAAUAUCCCAUAGAUAUAAUGUUCUCCAUCGUUUGUGAUGUAAUCUCCAAGUAUUCCUUGUAUACAAUUUCCUGUUACAGUUAAUGCUUUACCUUAGUAAAUACCUUACCAACCUUAUGUAAUGUACACAUAAGUUCAUCCUUAUCCUGGUUAUAAUUAAUUUAAUCCUAUGUAAUAUCAGUAUCCAAAUAUGGUAUGUAAUAGCUAACCGCUUGUUUAAAUGUUCCCUGUUAACAGCAAUCAAAACAUUCACAUGAAUUCAUCCUCCUAGCAAAUCAUAAAUUAGAACUACUAAAAUUAAGUUAAAAGUGAAUAUAAUUUAUCACCUUAAGAUACAGAUACAAAUAAAUAAUGCCAAAACUACUCAAACUAUGAAAAUUAAGAAGCGAGUUAAAGUGAAAAAACUAGUUAAAUAACAGAAAAUAGUAAAUAAAAUUAUAUUUUAGAAAAAGAACUUACAACUUUUUCUGCAUAAAAUAAGACAAACUUAAAGUAAAAAUAGAAAGAAUAACAAAAAAUAAAUAAUAUUUAAGAAGCAAUUUAAAAGACACCUAUACAGUAAAAUAGUAAGCAGACUAGUGAAAUAAUUAUAAAACCCUAGAUUUUUACAGGAGUAUAAAAUGUUAAUAGUGUAAAAAUCAAUAUUAUGAGUAAGGAUUCGAGCUAGAAUUCUAAAAAUACAAAUAAUUAACAAGGAAAAUAGGAAGAGAGUAACUAAAAUGGCUAAGUUGUAUUUAAAUUAUCCUCUAAAGAAGUAAGUAUCCUCAAGCAGCUAUAAGUAGUUAACAUUUAAAAUGCCUUUAAAAAUAUACUUAAGGGCUUUACAUAACAUGUAAAUAAUUGCUUUGAUCACAUUUACGUAUACGAUUAUGAAAAUGAAGGAAAUAAAUAAGAUGAAGAAUUAAUGAAUAUCAAAAGAAUCGAAAAUCCCUCUUAGCAAUAAAAGAAAAUUUUUAUAUAAAAGUUCAACAAAUUUAUAAAGAAUAAAAAAUGUAAUAAUACAUCAAUUAGAUAAAUAAUAGAAAACAAAUUAUACUCUUCUGUACUCAAAGACUAUAUAGUAAACUAUUCACCAGGUUGGUUAAAGUAAAGCUCUUUUUAGAGCAAAGAAGAUAUUAUUACAGUACUUGAAUUUUUUAAAAUGUGUUGCGAUAAUCCUAAUUUAUUGCUAUUUUUAAGCAAAUAAAAUGAUAAAUUAAUUCCAUCUCCUUCAAGCGAUGAUUGA